GCAUAGAAAAAAAAGUCAUUUGAUGUGAUACGUAAUUUUUGACGGAACCUUUGUUGGUAUCAAUUUUAUGUUAUUUAUAAAAGUGCUUCUAAAAUGGUUGAUCCAAUAUUCGACUACCAGUUCAGGCUUAUUCUAAUCGGAGACAGUACAGUGGGCAAGAGUUCGUUGCUGAAAUAUUUCACAGAUGGAAAGUUCGCAGAGUUGUCCGACCCGACGGUGGGGGUAGAUUUCUUCGCUAGAAUAAUAGAAGUACAAGACGGGACGAGAAUUAAAUUGCAGCUAUGGGAUACUGCUGGUCAGGAAAGAUUUAGAUCUAUAACGAAGUCGUAUUACAGAAACUCAGUUGGUGCGCUGCUAGUGUACGACGUAUGUAACAGAUCAAGUUUUGAGCACAUACCGCUGUGGAUGAUGGAGGCCAAGAGGCACAUAGAGCCCCACAGACCAGUGUUUGCCUUGGUGGGGUGUAAAAUCGACCUUGUAGGAACAGACAACAAGAAUGGUGCUAGAAGGGAAGUGUCUUGUGAAGAGGCCAGAAUGUUUGCUGAAGAAAAUGGUCUUCACCAUGUAGAAACAUCAGCCAAAACAGGCAUGAACGUAGAAGAAGCUUUCGUACUUGUGGCCCAAGAAGUGUACAACCGCAUCCAAACCGGAGAAUAUAAAGUAGAGGACGGCUGGGACGGAAUCAAGACGGGCUUCAACCGGCCCAACGGGAUGGACUUCAACUUGCUCGAGGCCGAAACCGUCCAGUCCACUUGCUGUUAAAUGUAAAUAUUGACGGUAGUAUAGCUCAUGUAACGCAUAAGCAUAAUUUUAUAACAUUCAAUUAAUUAAGGUUUAGCGCGAAGUUAUUUAUAGUGCACUACACUGUGUAAUGCAUUUGUUUAUGGCCACUAAGUCAUUGAUCUGCAAUACUCAAAUUAAAUUGGUUUAUUUAUCGUUCCAUAGAUAGAAGUGGUGUUGGUCUCAAAUUUGUAAAAGCCAUACAGCCUAAACCGAGAACCAAAGAGAAAAAAAAAUGUUGUUAACUUGAUCUUUUGUUGAUAUUUGAAGUCAUACUAACAUUCUAAUAAUUAUAAUUUUACAAUUUAUGUAAGUCAAAUUUAAUAUACCUGAAUAUAUUGUACCUGGAACAUUGUAAUUUUAAUGUUAAUGAUGCAUAAAUAAAUUAAGGAAAACUAAAAUGAUAAAUAUUCAUCACAAUUCAUAUAAAUAUUUAUUAAGCCACCAGAAUAACAUGUUAUAAGCCCUGGAUCUAACAUUUGCCUUUUUUUUGCAAUUUGAGAGGAUACAGUAAGUAAUUUUUUUAUAGAGGAAAAUCCAUUAAAGAGCCAUUUGGAUUACUUGGAUAUAAUCUCAACUACAACUUUUCACACAACACUUUUCCUCUACAUUGUGCAGCCAAUAUGAAGUCUUAGUCACAUAUAGAGCUCAACAAUUCAUAUUGCUUGCAAUAUAUGUCAAACAGAUUCUAGGGUGACAGUACCUAUAGUCUGUAUCUUUAGGUAUUUAAAAAAGAGUAAACAAAAUCUACCCUCAAAUGGCUUUUUAAGCCAGCUGAGGGUAGAUGAAAACAUUUCAUGAUCAUAUUAUAAUGUAGGUUAAAGUCAAGUCGUUCAGUGACAGGUCCAGGUGGUUUUGUAUUUGUUUGGUUAAUCAAUAAAUGUUAUAACUACUCGAAAAUCUACAAAUUAUUUGUUUACUUUUAUUUAAGUACGUAAAGAUACAGAGUAUAACACUUGACCCUUUGAACGCCACGCCUAUCGUGAAGCUGGUGGGAUACACGAAGGUUGAUACUGGGCUGCAGCCAGCAUACAAGGGUUCACAUCACAUGUUAUAUAGCAAACUGGCAGCUAACCUGCACAAAGGCCAGGAUAUUAUAUUGAACACUGAAUUGUUCGAUCAAAUAAUAAUUUGAGCUUAUACAUAUGUUCCAUUAUUAUGACCUCAAUUAGAAUUACAUAAUUGUAUGAGGGGGAGGAUAGUAAAAUACGUUUAUUUAAUCAA